CAGACACCAGAUGUCGUCCUCCAGCUGUUCAAACAAAACCCUACAGCUUAAUCAUCAUAACGAUGGCUCUGCUGAGUGUAGUGGGGUUAGUGGACAUCGGGGUUCGACUCAAAACCUGUCUUUCAGAUAUUGAGGAACCUCAAAAAACCUGUUUUGAGAACCCCUCAGACUGGCAGGAGAUUCGUACGUCACGUCUUUUCUAUACAUCCACUGAGAAGAAAAACUGGACAGAAAGCAGGAAAGACUGUCAGAGGAGAGGAGGAGAUCUGGUGAUAAUAAACAGCAAAGAAAAACAGGAUAUUCUCAGAAGGAUGAAGUUACAUGGAGAUUCCUGGAUUGGUCUUCAAUCAGUCAGCACAGGGGGAUGGGGAGCGAAAGCAAAAUGGAAAUGGGUGGAUGGAUCAGAACCACAAUAUGUGUGA